UCAAGUAAGAUCAAGAUCAAGAUUAGCACACAGGCACAGCGAGUGUUCCAGCAUGGCUUGCUUUGGGGAUGAUUUGUUUGAUUUUGUGGAGAACGACGGGGAUAACCAGGUCCAGGUCUUGCCGGAUACAGAAGAAGUGAGCACGUAUGAGAGCGAGAAGGCAGCUGAGGAACUCAACCUACUGCUUGGGAAACGAACAAAUGAAGAUGAUUCCAAAAGUGGGAAAAAGAAUAAGAAGCUGCGCUCACAGGUGGAAGCAGCGGAGUCAGAGUUGAGGUUGACAGAGGAAAUGCCCAGAAUAAGUAUCCACACAAUAGAAUCUGUGGAGGCCUGCACACAUGAAGUUGCAGUACCUCCUGGUGAAAUGUAUGUGCCCCUCAAACCCCCAAAAGAAAAACCAGCACGGACAUAUCCAUUUAUACUGGAUCCUUUUCAGAAAGAAGCUAUAUUAUGCAUUGAUAAUAACCAGUCAGUUUUAGUGUCUGCCCACACCUCUGCAGGCAAGACAGUUGUUGGAGAGUAUGCAAUUGCAAUGUGUUUACAGAACAAGCAGAGAGUUAUAUAUACAACUCCUAUCAAAGCCUUGAGUAACCAGAAGUACAGAGAUUUUAGUGAUGAGUUUACUGAUGUGGGAUUGCUAACAGGUGAUGUAACCAUCAAUCCUAAUGCUUCUUGCCUUAUCAUGACCACUGAAAUUUUACGCUCAAUGCUGUAUCGGGGUUCUGAGGUGACAAGAGAGGUUGGCUGGGUUAUUUUUGAUGAAAUACACUACAUGAGAGACAAGGAGCGAGGCUACGUUUGGGAGGAAACCAUUAUUCUGCUGCCCCCCACUGUGCACUUUGUCUUCCUCUCAGCCACUAUUCCAAAUGCAAGCCAGUUUGCCCAAUGGAUCUGCCACUUACACCAUCAGCCCUGCCAUGUAGUGUAUACAGACUACCGUCCCACCCCGCUUCAGCACUACAUUUUCCCAGCAGGAGGAGAAGGUAUAUACUUGGCUGUGGAUGAGACAGGAAAGUUCAGGGAGGAUAAUUUCAACACAGCAAUGACUGUCUUGCAAAAUGCUCCAGAACAGGGAAGUUUGAGGGGGAAGAAAGGAGGAGUCAAAGAAGGCUCAGAUUGCUUCAAAUUGGUGAAAAUGAUCAUGGAACGUAAUUUUGCUCCUGUUAUCAUUUUUAGCUUUUCAAAAAAAGAAUGUGAGGCUUAUGCCCUUCAGAUGUCAAAACUUGACUUCAAUUUAGCAGAAGAGAAGAAGCUUGUGGAUGAAGUAUUCCAGAAUGCCAUUGGUGUGCUGUCGGAAGAAGACAAACAACUUCCUCAAGUUGUCUCUGUGUUGCCUCUCUUGAGAAGAGGAAUUGGCAUCCACCAUGGAGGUCUCCUGCCAAUCAUAAAAGAAACAAUUGAGAUCUUGUUUGGUGAAGGUCUGGUCAAAGCCCUCUUUGCAACUGAGACUUUUGCAAUGGGUCUGAACAUGCCUGCCAGGACUGUUCUUUUCACCUCUGUCCGCAAGUUUGAUGGCCACGACUUCCGUUGGGUAACAUCUGGGGAGUACAUUCAGAUGUCUGGCCGUGCAGGUCGCCGAGGAAAGGAUGAUAAGGGUAUUGUCAUUAUGAUGGUAGAUGAAAAGCUCAACACAUCAGUGGUCAAGAAUCUUGUGCAGGGUAAAGCUGAUCCCAUAAACUCUGCAUUUCAUCUGACUUACAACAUGGUGCUGAAUUUGCUGCGUGUGGAACAGAUCAAUCCAGAGUACAUCUUGGAAAGAUCCUUCUUCCAGUUUCAGAAUUAUUCAUCUAUCCCAGAGCUGUGUGACCGUGUGAGAAAAUACGAGAAGGAUCUUGAUGAAGUUUGUGUUCCUCGUGAGAAUGAGGUAGAGAGUUACUUCACAAUCAAGCAGACAAUACAGAACCUUCAAAUGGAGCGCCAUGUCUUCAUCACUCGGCCCAUCUACAUCAUGCCAUUCUUGCAGCCUGGAAGGCUUGUAUAUAUAAAAAAUAACAAUGAUGACUUUGGAUGGGGUGUUGUACUGAGCUACAAGAAGCAAGAAGACAAGAAAAAUCCAACUGAAGCUCCCACCAUCACUGUUGAUGUCAUUCUCCGGGUCUCUGAGGCAACUGCUGCUUCCAAGGUGGUGUCUGAGGUCAAACCUGCCCAACCUGGAGAGAAAAGUGAACCUGUAAUAAUGGCUGUGGCACUGAAAUGUGUACAAGAAGUAUCUGCUGUAAGACUCAAGCUGCCAUCUGACCUGAAGCCUUUGGAUCAACGAAUUAUGGUCAUAAAGAUGAUUCAGGAAGCUGUGAAAAGAGUUCCUGAGAGUCAGUUCCUGCUUGAUCCUGUGAAGAACAUGAAGAUAAAGGAAGAUGCAUUCUUAGAAAUUGUCAACAAACUAGAGAAAUUCAAAACUCGACUGGAGUCUCAUAAACUUCAUAGAGAUCCAGAGCGAGAUGGGCUGUAUGAGAAGUAUUCAAAGAAAAUGGAGCUGAAGAAAGAAUUGAAUAAUGCAGAGCUUGACCUAAAAAAAGCUAGAAGUUUAUUACAAAUGGAUGAACUUAAGUGUCGAAAGCGUGUGCUUCGCCGGCUGGGAUAUGCCACCUCCCAAGAUGUGAUUGAACGUAAGGGUCGGGUGGCUUGUGAACUUUCUGCUGCUGAUGAACUGCUCAUCACUGAAAUGUUAUUCAAUGGUCUCUUCAAUAAUUUAUCAGCAUCCCAGACAUGUGCUUUGUUGAGCACCUUUGUGUGUGAUGAGAAAAGUUCAGAAAUGCCAAAGCUAGGAGAAGAACUGUCAGGUCCCUUGAGACAGAUGCAGGACAUUGCUCGCCGCAUUGCCCGAGUGAGCCAUGAGUGCAAGCUGGAGAUUGAUGAGUCCAAUUAUGUAGAGCAAUUUAAGCCAUUCCUAAUGGAUGUUGUCUAUGAAUGGUGCAAUGGUUCAUCAUUCAUGGAGCUCUGCAAAAAAACUGAUAUAUUUGAAGGAAGUAUCAUCCGGGCCAUGCGUCGUCUUGAGGAGCUCUUGAGGCAGAUGAUUCAGGCUGCAAAAGCCAUUGGGAUUGACCUGGAGAACAAAUUUUCAGAGGGCAUUAAACUACUGAAGCGAGACAUUGUGUUUGCUGCAAGUCUGUACCUGUAAGAGUUCAAAAUGACAAUAAAUAGUAAAUAUGUAUAAAA